AUGGACAGUGGCGCAAGUACACUCCCGGCCCCUCGUGCCCUGCUGACCUCGCUCAUCAACACACUCACUUCAUUACCCAUUCCAAUCGGAGGUACCCAGCUGGCAAGGACAGCCUCAAGAAUUGCACACGCUCAAGAUGCAACGAAUCCGUUGGCUCUACUGCCACCCAACUCUAGGACAUUAAUCACGACAUUACACGUCAUCUACCCGUCCUUGUUGCUACCGGCUCUAGACUUGCUGGAUCGCGGACUGGUGACUCGAGUGCUGGUGCUCGACAGCGAAUCGGCUGCACACUCGCCUUUGACCUCGAGCUUAGACGAGGCCGAGCAAGCGCGCCGUGACGCCAGGGCUGGGUUAUUCCACAUCGUCCGCUCGGCCCAGCAACCGCGGCGCGGUCGCAGGCCGGCACUGGACGACGCCAGUCGCGGUCCGACGUACCUUGUCUGCACGCAAGCCUGGAGUUGCGACUGCGCGGCCUUUGCGUUCGGUGCCUUCCCCGCGGGUGAAAAGGACCGUGCGGCGACGGCGGGAUACCAGAUCCGGCCUGCCGAGGACAACCGGUACGCGAGCCGGCCGCAGCGUGAGGCAGUACAUCCAUUGCGUGGAGGUGCGCAUGGCUGGGAAUUUGGCGGUCUGAGUAUGGACGGCCGGAGUGAUGACGGCGGCGGCGGCGGCGUCGCAUCCGGUGCGCCGCCCUGCUGCAAGCACCUGCUUGCCUGUGUGCUCGCCGAGCGAUGGGGCAGCGUUCUCGGAGAUUAUGUACAGGAGCGGAAGGUCGGACGAGAGGAAGCGGCCGGGCUCAUUGGCAGUCUGUGA